AUGUUCAGAACUCAAUCCAGAUAUUUGGUGAGAUCUAUUUUGGCUAAUCAUUGUGUAUUGCCAAGCACACGUAUGGCAGUUUCUCCAAUACUUAACCAAUCGAUCAAGUUCUAUUCAUCCAAAGACAAUGCCACCGACAAGAGUCAGGAAAAAGAACAACCUAAAUCUAUUUUAAACGACGACAUGUUAGCUAGAGCAGGGUUUGAAGAUGUUGAUCCUAAAGAGGAAACCAGCAAUAGUGAAGAACAAGCUACUAAACAAACAGGACGUAAAAGAAAGAGAGCUCAAACUUCUAAAGACUUGCAACGUGAAAGAUAUGCCAAUAUGUUUUAUUUAUCUGCUUUAAUAUUUGGUGUAGCAGGGGUUGGAUACAUGAGUAGAGACUGGGAUUCGGAAAAGGAACAAGAAGAGAUGGAUGGUAAGAACGUGGAGAAUGGUUAUACCCCAAAAUUAAUGUAUGAAAGAUUGAGUAAAAGAUUGGGAUCAUUGUUCACAUUUUUCUCAGAACCAGCAUUUGAAAACUUAUUGCCACCACCGCCACCAGAGCAAUACCGUCGUCCAUUAACUUUAGUUGUUACUUUGGACGACUUUUUGAUUCAUUCCAACUGGGAUACCCAACAUGGAUGGAGAACUGGUAAAAGACCAGGUUUGGAUUAUUUCUUGGGUUAUUUGUCUCAAUAUUAUGAAAUUGUCGUUUUUUCUUCAAACCUGCAAAUCUACUCCGAUAAAACUGUCAAUAAAUUAGAUCCGUACCAUGCAUACAUUUCCUAUGCAUUGUUUAGAGAAGCUUGCCGUUACAAAGAUGGUAAAUUGAUCAAAGACUUGUCAUUAUUGAACCGUGAUUUGGGUAAAACUGUUAUGAUUGAUGUUGACGAAGAUUCUGCUGCUUUGCAACCUGAAAAUUCAAUUAUUGUUAAGAAAUGGGAAGGCCAACCUGAUGAAUAUUUAAUUUCAUUGAUUCCAUUCUUGGAAUACUUGGCUACACAACCAGUCAAAGAUGUUAGACCAAUCUUGAAUUCAUACAAGGAUAAAUCCAAUAUUGUCGCCGAAUUCGCAGAACGUGAGAACAAAUUGAGAGAACAAUGGAGAAAAGAUCACGGUGGAAAUAAUGGGAAACCAAAUGCCGGUAAUUUCAUUGCUAAAUUGUUAGGUAUUCCAGUUCCAGAACCAAAAAUGCCAUUGGAUAUUAUUAGGGAACACGGUCAAUUGCAAUACGAACAUUUCCAGAAAUACUUGCAAGAAAAUGCCCACAAAUUCUUAGAAGAAGAACAGAAAUUGAAAGAUGAAUUUGGUAAAGUUACUUUGAAUAAAUUGAUUACUGAAGGUGCUCCUAAUGCUGAAGAAAUUGCCAAAGUGCAACAACAAAGAGCAUUAGAGGAAGCUCAAAAGCAACAAGAGGGUCACAAAUAA